AUGCGAGAAAAUAAAGACCACAGAACUCUAGCGUUGAAAGAUUUUCAAGAUCAAGACAUCAAAGCUGUUUUAGAGCGACCAGCAUUUUGUCAGAAGAAACACCGUGAAAACAAAGAGUUGGAGCUCUUUUGCAAGGACUGUAAAGUCGCCAUUUGUAGCGCUUGUGCCAUGACACUUCAUGAUAAUCAUGUCAAGAUGCUUUUGCAAGAAGCUACGGAUGCCCGCAAGACACAGAUCAAAUCCAUUAUUAAAUCUUUGAAAGACAAAGAAGUGGAAAAACAAGAGGAAGUCGAACAAUUCAACCAAAAAAGCAUCGCAUUUCAAUCGAAAGUAGCAGAGGUAAAAAGCCAAGUGCAGUCUUGUGUAGACCAAAUCAUUGCAAUCAUCGAAGCGAGGAAACAGGAUAUUUUUGAUGUGAUUGAUAAUCAAGCGAAAAAGUCACUGGAAUCUUUUUCUCAUAAAAAAGACGAACUGAACAAACAAGUGAAAUUAAUUGAAUUAGCAAUUGAACAAGCUGAAACUCUGUUGAAACAAAGCUUUAGCACUGAAAUCCUUGGAUUCAGUGAAACAUUUGAUUCAAUCCUGCAGGAACAGAGCACCCAAGAAAACCGUGACACUGAAUGUAUUCCUCGAUUUAGUUUCACUAAAAGUAAAAAACUGAUUAACCUGUUGAGCAUGAGCGAGGGGAUAGGUAAAGUAGAAUUUGUUUUUAGCGAAAUUAAAGCGCAACAAUUGGGAACUAAAGGUAAAGAAAGUAGUAAAGUAAUUGCUGGGAAUAAAGGGGCAAAUGUUCAUGACAGUCCUUUUGAGGCUCAGGUACAAACCAGGUGCUUCAGAUCUGUGCUGUCAUUUGGACGAAAAGGUAAGUCUGUUGGAAUGCUUAACAGUCCCUGGGGGGUGGCAGUAAAUGAUCAGGAUGAAAUUGCUGUGACUGAGUACUUGAACCACAGGGUUUCAGUGUUUAGCAGUGACGGUAUCCACUUAAGAUCGUUUGGUAGAUGUGGUGACAAUAAAGGUGAGUUCUGGUACCCUAAAGGGAUCGCUUUUGAUAGUCAUGGCAAUAUUGUAGUGGCAGACUGUUGGAACCACAGGGUGCAAGUCUUUGAUUGGAAUGGUAACUUUCUUAGUAUGUUUGGUGUUAAUCAGCUUCAAUACCCUGCAGGUUUAUCAAUAAACGGCAACGGUGAUAUUAUUGUUGCUGAUGGUAGAAACAUAUUAAUCAAGAUAUUCUCUUCUAGUGGGGAGUAUUUACGUAAAUUUAGUGGAGCAGGUUCUUUGGUCUCUCCCAUUCACUGUAUCCAACACGGUCAAUAUUUUAUAGUCUUAGACUUUGGUGACCAUUCCAUUAAAAUAUUUAGUCUUGAGGAAAGGUUUAUUUCUAAAUUUGGAAAACGGGGAAACAAGGAUGGAGAGUUCAAUAAGCCCCGUUACUUGUCAGUUAACAAAGAAGGAUUGCUUAUGGUCUGUGAUGAAAAGAAUCACAGAGUGCAGGUAUUUGAACUGAGUGGAAAGUUUGUUACAAAGUUUGGAAGUGAAGGUAGCGGGAGAGGAGAGUUAAACUAUCCAAUAUCUACAGCAAAUUUAAGUGAUGGAAGGAUAGUUGUGUCUGAUAUGGAGAACAACCAAAUCCAGGUUUUUGACAAGAUAUAAUUAUGAUCUUACCAGUGGUAUUAUUGUUGAAAAGUUCAAAUUGGGUAUCCAGAAUAAGAAACCGUAAUUUUUUAAACAAAAAGUAUCUCGUGACGUAUUUGUCACUGUUGACCUUUUCUAGUUGUCCGUGAGGGGUGGAAGGUGGGCAUUAGGUUGCUCUCACAUAUAUUGUCUCUUCUGUGAAUGUAACAAUAAAUUAUAAAACCCUGGCUGUAAUAGCUGAAAUGACAUUCAAAUUGUAAAUAUAUUUUGUAACCUUUUUUCAAAUGUACUGUAGUCUCAUCUAAUUGCCGAUUGUAGUUUAAUAAGGUGGUUCAAUUUUCUUGAGUCAAAAUUGUUUUUUGUCGUACACCCUUUCAUUUUCUUUCCAGUAGUUGCUAGUUGUUAGCAAGUUUAUUUUUGGAGAUAUUAUUCUCGAGCCCUAGCAUAAGUACCAAUUUUUUUCUCAUCAGGUCUGUUGGUUACCACAUAUAUUAACCGAACUGUAUUACGUUUUGUUGAAAAUGCAUUAAAGGAUAUUCAAAUAUAAAGAAUGUCUUUUUUGCUCAAAUUUAUCGUUGUCAAAGAGACCGUCAUUUGUUGAAGUUAAACGUACCAGUUUACUUCAUUCAAGUGUAAAUGUAUUUAGCACGCGAGUCUAAUUGAGGACACUAUUUUUACGUCUCUACUCAGAGAAUGCACCAUCAUUUCUAUGUUCAAUGAUCGUCCGAGUCACGUGUAGGUCUUCUGAGCAGUUUGCAGGACAAGACAGCACAGCGAACCCCUUUUAUUGACACUCGCUUAAGAAAGACACCUCAUUGUUUGUCCCUGGGGAAAAAGGCCCUUAUAUUUUCUCCUGAUUCAACCCCUUCAAUACGGACAAUUAAUUAUACAAUCACCACAAAAAUAAAAAAAACUAACAGUGAUGAAUGAAAAAAAAAAAAAAAAAAUAUACUUUAUUAUAAAGAUUUAAAGACACUAACCACACUCAAUACAAGUUUAAUUUUUUGCUUUGAUGGAAGAUGAGAUGUUUUUUUUUUUUUUUUUUUUUGGCUUCUUUGGCUCGAGAGGGAAAAAAGAAAAAUAACCUCUUCCCGUGAGAGACAUAAAGGGAUAAUAGGGAGAGGGCAUGAUCUCAGGCUAUACCGCGAGUAGCUAGCGAGGUCGCUGGCCGCAAAAAUUCCCUUGCAAGACGGCUGAGUCAUUGGAAAGCCCUGUCGUCCUGCGGAAAAGUACAUUCUGACUUAUAUUUUUGUUUCUGUAGAGAAAUACAGGAUGUUAUUUAUUCUUCCGUCACACCAUCAAAACAUGUCAAGAAACUCUAUCCAAGAAUCGUAGGCGUGUGUUCAUAAUGUGUUCAGUGGGCCUACGUGUAGGGGAGGGUGCGGCUUUACGUAAGCUAGUUGAAUGUACACAAAUAUGAAAAAAAUUCAAUAGUCAAUGCUUUAGCCUGCUAAGCAAAUUUUUCCGAACGAUUUAGGGAGAGAAAGAUUCUUCGAUUCAUUACUCUUUAUUGCCCUCGCUCCGACUUUCUUGACGAGGACCUCGCGCGGAAACCCUUGCUCAUUAACAAUUCUCGGAAAUACAGGAUGUUUUUUAUUCCUCCGUCAUGUCUUGAUUGGUUAAUAAUACAAAGCCGGUUUAGUCUGGAUCACAAGACAAGACUUCAUUGUUUAUUAGCAAAGCCAUUCCCUUGUUCGUCAACAACUAGGCCAAACUUUUUAAAAAGUAACCUUGUUUCCCACCUUUUCCAUGGAUAUCAAGACCUUGCUGGACAAUCUUCAUGAUGAAGUAUCCUGCUCUGUGUGCAUGUGCACAUUCACUGAUCCAAAGCAGUUGCCUUGUUUGCACAGUUUCUGUCUUCAUUGCCUGAACGGAAUUCAACGAACGAGCGGGCUCCAUGGUAAAAUUACAUGUCCCGAGUGUAGGAGACAGUUUCAGAUUUCUGGAAGUGGAAAUCCCAGCGAACUUCCCACCAAUUUUCGAAUAAACAGCUUGCUAGAUGUCUUGGCAAUAAAAGAGUGCAGUACAGUCAACGUGAAAUGCAGAAACUGCGAGAAACGGAGCGCCAAGACCUUAUAUUGCUUCCAGUGUUGUUCAUUCUGGUGUGAAGAAUGUAUUGUAGGACAUAACAUAAUGCGAGAAAAUAAAGACCACAGAACUCUAGCGUUGAAAGAUUUUCAAGAUCAAGACAUCAAAGCUGUUUUAGAGCGACCAGCAUUUUGUCAGAAGAAACACCGUGAAAACAAAGAGUUGGAGCUCUUUUGCAAGGACUGUAAAGUCGCCAUUUGUAGCGCUUGUGCCAUGACACUUCAUGAUAAUCAUGUCAAGAUGCUUUUGCAAGAAGCUACGGAUGCCCGCAAGACACAGAUCAAAUCCAUUAUUAAAUCUUUGAAAGACAAAGAAGUGGAAAAACAAGAGGAAGUCGAACAAUUCAACCAAAAAAGCAUCGCAUUUCAAUCGAAAGUAGCAGAGGUAAAAAGCCAAGUGCAGUCUUGUGUAGACCAAAUCAUUGCAAUCAUCGAAGCGAGGAAACAGGAUAUUUUUGAUGUGAUUGAUAAUCAAGCGAAAAAGUCACUGGAAUCUUUUUCUCAUAAAAAAGACGAACUGAACAAACAAGUGAAAUUAAUUGAAUUAGCAAUUGAACAAGCUGAAACUCUGUUGAAACAAAGCUUUAGCACUGAAAUCCUUGGAUUCAGUGAAACAUUUGAUUCAAUCCUGCAGGAACAGAGCACCCAAGAAAACCGUGACACUGAAUGUAUUCCUCGAUUUAGUUUCACUAAAAGUAAAAAACUGAUUAACCUGUUGAGCAUGAGCGAGGGGAUAGGUAAAGUAGAAUUUGUUUUUAGCGAAAUUAAAGCGCAACAAUUGGGAACUAAAGGUAAAGAAAGUAGUAAAGUAAUUGCUGGGAAUAAAGGGGCAAAUGUUCAUGACAGUCCUUUUGAGGCUCAGGUACAAACCAGGUGCUUCAGAUCUGUGCUGUCAUUUGGACGAAAAGGUAAGUCUGUUGGAAUGCUUAACAGUCCCUGGGGGGUGGCAGUAAAUGAUCAGGAUGAAAUUGCUGUGACUGAGUACUUGAACCACAGGGUUUCAGUGUUUAGCAGUGACGGUAUCCACUUAAGAUCGUUUGGUAGAUGUGGUGACAAUAAAGGUGAGUUCUGGUACCCUAAAGGGAUCGCUUUUGAUAGUCAUGGCAAUAUUGUAGUGGCAGACUGUUGGAACCACAGGGUGCAAGUCUUUGAUUGGAAUGGUAACUUUCUUAGUAUGUUUGGUGUUAAUCAGCUUCAAUACCCUGCAGGUUUAUCAAUAAACGGCAACGGUGAUAUUAUUGUUGCUGAUGGUAGAAACAUAUUAAUCAAGAUAUUCUCUUCUAGUGGGGAGUAUUUACGUAAAUUUAGUGGAGCAGGUUCUUUGGUCUCUCCCAUUCACUGUAUCCAACACGGUCAAUAUUUUAUAGUCUUAGACUUUGGUGACCAUUCCAUUAAAAUAUUUAGUCUUGAGGAAAGGUUUAUUUCUAAAUUUGGAAAACGGGGAAACAAGGAUGGAGAGUUCAAUAAGCCCCGUUACUUGUCAGUUAACAAAGAAGGAUUGCUUAUGGUCUGUGAUGAAAAGAAUCACAGAGUGCAGGUAUUUGAACUGAGUGGAAAGUUUGUUACAAAGUUUGGAAGUGAAGGUAGCGGGAGAGGAGAGUUAAACUAUCCAAUAUCUACAGCAAAUUUAAGUGAUGGAAGGAUAGUUGUGUCUGAUAUGGAGAACAACCAAAUCCAGGUUUUUGACAAGAUAUAA